GCGGGGCUGGACUGGAUGGCCUCUGGGGGUCCCUUUCUCUCCCGGGAAGGGGGAGGCGGGGCUCCUUCUUCCUCCCUUCGGCUUCUUCUUCUUCUUCUUCUCCUGGGAAAAGCACCCCCCCCCCCCAAACCGGGAGAGAGAGAGAGAGCCGGCCAGGCGUUCGCUGCAAGCGGCUGCGUCCGGCCGGCCGGGGUGGUGGGGGCCGAGCGGGGCUUGACCGCUGCCUGGAGAGGGAGGCCAAUGAGGCCCUGGCCGCUCCCCCUGGUCCUGCUGCUGCUGUGCCUCCCCCCCUUGGGCUCCGGGGCCCCCCUCCAGGCCCCGCCGGGCCCCCAGAAUGGCUCCGCCCCCAGCGCAGCCCCCGCCGAGACCCCCAGCCCCCCUCCGGCCACCUCCAGCGAGGCCCCCUCCCUCUCCCUCAACCUGGGCCUCAACUUCAAGUUCAAGGUCCGCAGCCAGGGGAAGGCCCGGGCGGGAGAGGGCAGCGGCAGCAGCGGGACCCCCAGCGCCAAGCCCAGGACGGCCCCCACGCGGACCCCCGGCCAGGCCAAGACCCCCGGCGGGCGCGCAUGGCCCGAGGCUGGGUCUGGAUGGCCGGGCCCCAGAGUCGUAUCCGACGACCCCCCUCCUUCUUCGGGGCCCGUCCUGUGGCCGUGGGGCGGGCCCACUCUCCGACCCCCUUUGCCCCUUUGGCCGAAGCUGACCGAGAGGGGCUUGACCAUCCCCCUGAAUGGGGAAGGGGCCGCGGACAAGGAGGACGAGGGCAAGGAGCUGGAGUUCAAGAUCGACAUCGACCUGACGGCCGGGCUGGGCAAAGACGGGGCCGGCAACGGGAGCAGCGGCAACGGCGGCAACAACGGCGGCAGGAGGUUCCCCAUCUUCCCCGGGUUCAGCCUCGGCAUUUCGGAGAUCGCCAGCAAGCUGGGCGCUCCCGGUCUCUUUGGAGCCCCGCUGCCCUCCCAGGUGUGGGAGCCCCCCGAGUGGAACGGCACAGGAGGCGGGGGAUCCCCCCCGACAUCCGAGUGGGUCCUGGGACCAGGGCUGGCGUCCAGUAUUCCAGGGUCCGAGGGGUCCUUUGCGGCUGCACUGCCCGGCUGCUUCCCAGGUGACCGCCCCGCGGACUGUGGCUCCCCGCUGCCGGCCCUCUCCUCCUCCUCCUGGCUGCUCCAGCCCUCGGUCCCGCUCUUUGUGCCGCUGCAUUCGGACUGGAACUCGGCGCAGGCGGCGUGGGGGCCGGCCUGGGAGGCCCAUGUCUUUGGGGCCGGCUCCCUCUUUGCCCUGAUGGCCCUGCUCUCGCUGCUGGCCUUGCUGGCCCUGCCCUGCCGCUGCCCGGCCUCCUGCAAGCUCCUGGCUCUGCUCCACUUGCUGCUGACCGCUGCCGGGGCGGCCAGGGCCCUACUCCUCUUCGGCGAGGCUUGCGGGCAGCUGGAGCUCCUGCCGGACAUCGCUGUGCGGCUGCUUCAUGACUUGGCCCUGCCGUGCUUGACCUCUGCCCUGGCUACGGCCCUCCUGCUACUCUCUCGUCGCUCCCAGGCCAAGUCUUCCUCCGCUCGGGCCGCUGACCGUCUCCGGCACCCAGGCCUGCUGGCCGCCCUGCUGCUGCUCCACUUCUCGGUGGCCACGGGGGCCGUUUUGGCCGCUGACCUGCUCCAGCAGUUCUCCUUCCUGCUCCUGGCGUCGAGGGGCCUCUUUGCCCUCCUGGCUGCCGUCCUCUCCUGCGCGGUGCUGGUCUUCCUCUGCCUGGCCAGAGUGGACAAGACCCAGGGCUACGACCUCAAGGACACCUCUUGUCCCCAGUGUCCCUUCGGUGAUGUCCAGCGGUGGAAGCGAGCGGCUAGAGCUGCCGUUUCGUCUGCCUUCUUCGGCCUGCUGACCGCCGGCUUGCACUCCUACGCUAUUCUGCACGCGCUGGGCUUUGGCCUUAGCUCUGAGCUCUUUGGCCCCUGGCCUUGGUGGGCUUUGCAGCUGGCCGGACGGCUCUGCGAGGCCGGAAUGGGGCUGCCCUUGGCCUGCUUGGGCCUUUGCCCGCUCUUCUGCUCGGCCUCCGAACCUUGGUGCCGCUGCUGCCGCUGCUGCUGCGGGGACCGCUCUCCAGACCACGGCGGAGGGAAGGCGGCCAAGGCCCAGCUGCUGCCUAACAACUUCCAGUGGUCACUCUCCCAACAUGAGAAGCUGGUCAUCUGCGACACCGUCAUCGCCCGCAGCGAGUCGGACUACCUGCCGCUCUACAGUGUCUCCGAAGCCGCUCCAGACGCCACCCUCGACCCCACAGCCGACUUCCGCCCCCCGUCGCCCAUCGACCUCCGGCGCAGCAUCGACGAAGCCCUGUGUGGGGAGGGCUACUUCCCGGAGGGGGGCCCGCUCUACGCCCCCAGCACCUUCUCCCUCUGCUUGACCUCCAUGGGCAGCGGCCCCUCCCGGGUGUCCUCCUGCCUGGAGCUGGCGCCCUCCACCGCCACUGCGGCCGCGGGGGGCUCCUCCAUGACCCUCAGCGUGCCGGACACCCCGCUGUCCUCCCCGGGGCUCUGGAGGGGGGCCAGCACCGCCUCCGUCACCAGCAGCACCUCCGGGUCUCCCUGCAAACGCUGCUCCACCGCCGAGGGUGAAGACCCCUCCUGCUCCUCCUCCCCCGUAGGCCCCGGCCCCUCCAACGGGGAGAGCCCCCCGCGGUCCCCCCCUCCGCCCGGCCGGCAGUUCUGGGUGCUGACCCCCGUCUCCCAGCAGUCCCUGGCCUCCGUGGCUGAGGGUCAGCCGGCGGUGGACACGGCCCUCCUGCAGAAGGAGUUCAUGGCCGUCUGCCGCCAGAUCGACACCCUCAGCGUCAGCAGCGAGACCAUCGACUUGUAGCCCCAGCAGACCCCCGGGGACCCCCGUUUCCCGCAUCCUCCUCUUCCAGGCAUGUGCAAUCCUGACUCCCGGGUUGGGGGGCGACAAUGCCUCGCUCCCCUGUGGGUCUCCAGUGCUGGACCAUCGGGGGAUGGACAUCUUGAGUGACAAUUUUGCAGAAGACCAUCAGAUCGGCAUGCCGAGAGGGACACCAAAGGCCGUGCAACCCAACUCCCAGAAGGAGCACCAAAGGCCAUCUAGUCCAUCUCGUGCCAUCUUGGGGCUGCUGUCACUUGCCCCCAUGGGACAAUGCUUAGACA